CGCCAUUGAAGAGGUAGGCAGUGAGUAGGCUGUGCCUUCCUUCUGUUUGCGAAAAUGCAAGCCCCGGGUUUUCUCGUCGUUGCGUCCGCCGCUCUGUUUCAUCUCGCUGCCCUUUCCUCGGCCAACGAGGGCAACAUCCUCCUCACCGGCGAUGUGCUGCCCACCGACGGCCAGCUCUCCUACGGCCGCAACGCCUUCGUCAUGCAAGAUGACUGCAACCUUGUCCUCUACAACUUCGGCCGCGGCUUCCAGUCGGACACCCACGGCGCAGGCGCGAACUGCACCCUCUCGCUCAGCAACCACGGCGCGCUGACCAUCACCAGCGCCGGAGCUACGGUGUGGAGCUCCCCUGGCUCUAAGAAGGGAAAGUAUGCGGCCGUGCUCCGGCCUGACGGGGAGGUGGCCGUCUAUGGCCCGGCUCUGUGGGCGACUCCGGAUUUGAACGUCCGCACCUCGGACGCGGAGGUGGCCUCGUCGGAGGGAGCGGCCGCGGUGAGGAACUUGAUGUUCUCCGGCCAGAGCAUAAGCGCGGGGGCGGAGCUAGCCAGCAGGGACUACACGUUCAGGGUGGAGGCGGACUGCAAUCUGGUACUGAACAAGGCAGGGACUGGCGCGGUCUGGCAGAGCGCGACGGCAGGGAGAGGUGUCCAUUGCUUCGCAAGGCUCGACCACAGGGGGCAGCUCGCCCUCGUCGGCGACCACGACCUCAAGGCGGUGUGGAGCAGCAAGAGGACGGCCGGGGAGGGAGAUUACGUGCUCAUUCUCCAAAUCAACGGGCAGGCGGUGGUGUACGGCCCUGUGGUGUGGUCGACGAGCACGUAACUGGUUGCCCGCGCCACAAUAGAAGAGGAAGUCUCUGUUUUAUUUUCUUUCUUCCAUGAAUGAAUGCCGAAGGAAGAAGAAGCUCUGUUUUAAGAAUAUCAAUAUCCAUGAAUAUCUCUCUUUUAUUCCCCUCAAUUAUUUGCUACGCUAACUGUUUAUCUCAAUUCGCCUCUAUGAAAUUGUGAAAUUAUUCCAAUUGGCUUAUGAUUCUGUCCGAAAGUCGAAGAGACAGAAAGUUGAGAAUGUGACGUUCAUGUUGAUUUUCUA